AUGUCAGAGAUCGUCUGCACAAUAGGAAAAUAUGAUUUUCCUAAAGAUUGGCCUGAUCUGAUUAGGGAUCUUGUGAUACAGUUGGGGGUAGAAGAGAUGGAUAAGCUUAUUGCAACACUGAGAGCAAUGGAUGAGCUUUUCAGACGUUAUCGACACGAGUCUAAAUCUACGGAACUGUGGCAAGAAAUCAAAUUUGUUUUGGAUAAUGCAGCAGCCCCAAUAACAGCAUUGUUUACAAAAAUGUUGCAACAGAUUCCGCAAAAGGAUACAGUGGCAGCUGGAGACGCAGAAGUUUGGCUUGAAAUACUUCUCCUGCUUGUUGAAGUAUUUCAUUCCUUAAGUGUUCAAGAUCUCCCAGAAUUUUUUGAAGACAAUAUAAGUACUAUGAUAAAUGGUUGCUUAGCUCUUCUUAAUCUAAAAGUUCCUUCUAUAGACGAGGUUCACACAGGAUAUGAACCUACUGUACUUGACAAGGUGAAAUGUGCUGUGUGCGAAGUCCUCACACUUUACUCACAGAGGUAUGAGGAGGAAGUUGCACCUUUUAUGCAGAGUAUCACUGAGCACAUUUGGCAAUUGUUGGUUGAAAUGGACUUCAGAGUAAGAUUUGAUACUGUGGUUGACGCUGCUCUUGGUUUCCUCUCCGCCAUAUGUAUGCGCCCCCAGUACUCUUCUAUGUUUGAGGUAGAAGGGGUACUGAAAACUUUGUGCGAAGAUGUCAUAAUUAAAAACUUAAUGUUGCGAGAGUGCGAUAUUGAAUUAUUUGACGAGGAACCUUUAGAAUACAUUAAAAGAGAUAUUGAAGGAUCAGAUAUUGGUACGCGUCGGCGAGGUGCAGGAGAUUUUGUCCGUGCACUCUGCCGGAGGUUUGAGUCUCAAGUCACAGCGAUACUGUCUACCGUGAUAUCUUUAUAUCUGAAUGAGUGUGCUUUAAAUUUACACGCAAAUUGGCUGAAAAAGGAUGUUAUAUAUUGCCUUGUAACUGCGAUGGCUUCAAAGUCAGAAACGUUGAGGUUUGGAGCAACGAGCACUAGUGAGUUGAUUAACGUAGUAGAUUUUUACAAUCAGCAUGUACACGGUGAUCUUUUUGCCGAGGAUGUCGAUAAUUUUCCCAUCCUUCGUACUGAUGCCAUAAAAUAUUUGGUCACUUUUCGUAACCAGUUACAACCCGAACAACUUGUGGAAAGUCUUGGGAUCCUUCUUCGUUUGUUCAGUUCGAAGCAUACUAUACUUUAUUUAUACUCUAGUUAUGCACUUGAACGAAUAAUGUUAGUGAAGUGUAAGGGGACAAAUAAGCCUGUAAUUUCUCGUGAAAAUACUCAAGUAGGUCCAAUGAUUGCUGCAUUGUUUGGCACAUUUGAUCGCUCACCUCAAGCACAAACUUCCCAUUACGUAAUGAAAGCUGUGAUGAGAUGUCUUAAUAUUAUGGACGGAGAAACAGCUAAGAAGUCUGGAGAAAUUGUGAAUAAACUUGCAAUCAUGAUUGGCACUGCUGUGAAGAGCCCCGUCGACUCUCUUCAUCUACAUUUUAUGUUCGAAUCUCUGUGUAUAAUUAUUCGCCAGGCUUACUCAGCAGUUGAGGGUGGAAUUGACCAAUACGUUAUCCCUGUUAUUGAAAGUAUAUUUUCUAGUGAAGUUGUUGACUAUAUUCCUUAUGCCCUGCAAAUCACAGCUUUACUUCUCGAUAAAGCAACCGAUCAAAAGUCAGCGGCGCUUGACAGUUAUCUUUCGUUUUUGCCUUUUUUAAUGGGAGAUAAUCUUUGGCAAAAUGUUUCCAAUGUUCCUGCUGGUAUCCUGGUUAUUGAGUCAUUUCUGCGUUGUCGUCCUGACCAUCUAAUUGGUAAUCAUGCACAGAAACUGAUGGCUAUAUUAACGCGGUUGAUUAGUUCUAAAGCUCAGGAUCAACAUGGAUUCAAACUUGCAAAUAUCCUUUUGAAUUUUUUAAAUAAGGAUCCUGCUAUGACUGAAGGCUUGUUGUUGACUCCAAUGUUUCGUCGAGUCCAAUUCUCAAAAACCGUAAAAUUCAUGAAGCAGUUUGUUGUAUUUAUUUGUCGUUUUGUGAUUGUUCGGGGAGCUACUGCCUUUUUACAAGCAUUGGAAUCGCUUCAGUCUGGUAUGUUCCACAUGGUUGUAGAGAAGAUACUGAUUGCCGAAUUGAAAAAUAUGCACAUGACGACUACUUAUGAUGAGAAGCGGAUAUGUUGCAUUGGAAUUGCAAAACUGAUCUCAGAAACGAUACAGAGCCUCAGUAACUUGUAUGGACAGCUUGUUGAAGCCACUGUUGGGCUAGUUGAAGCCAGUGGUUUUGGUCCUUCAGCUAUAAAAGAAGAUGAGGAGCCUGUUGGGGCGUAUGCUGAAGUAGAAGUCGAGUAUAACGAUCCAUUCUGCAAGCUUACGUAUGCUCAACACACUGAGACAGUUGCUCCAGAAGUUACCAAUUUUAAAGCAUUUCUUGCCCAAGCUGUGAUGAUGCAUGCUUCUUCCGUCUGUCCAGAGUCGGUAGCAUGUAUAAGCGAGCAAUCCCGAACUCACCUUUCUGCAUACUUGCAGAGUUGA